AUGAUGGGCUGCUCCUAUCCUUGUGCAUGUAGAGAUGGUUUAGCACAUGUUGAGGUCUUGAAUAAGGAGGUGGAAUUUCCAUCUGGAAUCUGGGGAUCGAGGCGGUUCAAAACAAGAUAUGCUGGAUGGUGCAACAACCCCAGUAAUGCAAGGGAUCGCAUGUUUCCCUCUUUUGCCAUGUCACCUAUGAGUUCAACAUCUACAAAUUUCUCACCCUUUGAUGGAUUGAACUUUAUAGAAAACUAUAGUUUAGGAGUUUCCAUGGCAGAAGAAUCAAAACCAGGUUCUUUCCCAGGGCUUCCUGACCGUGUAUUUACCUCGAAGAUUCCAGAAUGGACUUCAAAUGUGAUGUACUACAAUAAGGCUGAGUACUUGCAGGUACAACAUGCAAUUCAUCAUGAAGUCCGUGGAUCUAUUGCUCUGCCCGUGUUUGAGGAUGAUUCGCAUGAAGCGUCAUGUUGUGCAGUGCUUGAACUGGUUACAAUGAAGGAGAAACCCAAUUUUGAUUCAGAGAUGGAAAAUGUUUGUAGUGCCAUCCAGGCAGUGAAGCUAAGGAGCACUGUACCACCUAGACUUCAUUCCCAGUGCCUCACACAGAAUCAAAGGGCAGCUUUAGCUGAGAUCACAGAUGUUUUAAGAGCUGUUUGCCAUGCACAUAGGUUACCUGUUGCACUCACAUGGAUUCCUUGCAGUUACACAGCGGGGAGCAUUAUCUUUGAGGAAGGACAAGGUAUUGCUGGGAAAGCUCUUCAAUCAAAUCACCCCUUCUUUUACCCCGAUGUUAAGGAAUACCAUUUAAGUGACUAUCCACUUGUUCAUCAUGCUCGCAAAUUUGGUCUAAAUGCUGCUGUUGCAAUCAAGCUAAGAAGCACAUAUACUGGGGAUGCUGACUAUAUACUAGAGUUCUUUCUUCCUGUUGAUAUGACAUAUGAGAGGGAGUACAGAACAAAAGCUCUUGCUAAACAACCUCUCAGGUACCAUGCUAAGGAUCUAUAG